UCUCUCUCUCUCUCUCCUAUUUAUGUGUGUGUGUAGUGAGUGUGAUCAAUUAUAGAGGGUGUAUGCAAAAUAGAAAUAGAAAUAUUGAACAAACAAUCACACAGGGAACAUAGAGAUAGAGACUUACAUGGUUCAGAUUUAGACACAUGUCCAAUGGUGGGCAUUGAGAAGAAAAAAUUACUAACAAGGGUGACUACAAUAGGUGCACAGAACAAAACCCUAUAUACACCCAACAAGCUCUUUCUUACUAAUAACAAAGAUUAUGGCUACGAAGUCGGUUUGGUGACUUUUUGUGGAGACUACCUAACCAAAUAGGACUAGGCAUUACUAUUUGCUUUCUCGUACACAAUAAGAAGAUGAAAAACAAACCAUACCAAAGUCAGCAACUAGCAACUGUUUUUAGUGGACAUGUAAGGGUUGAGUUCCACAUCAAGAGAAAUAGUAAGGAAAGUUAGAAGUUGAUGGACAUAUUUGGGUCUAAACCAUUUGGCUUAUGCUGUUUGAGUGGUACCCCAAUAUAUAUUAAUAGGUACCUCAAUAUAUAUCUAUAGGCUCUUGUUGGAACCCAAGGACCCUUCUCAUCCCAAAAAAUUGGUAUUAGAGUUAUGGUUCAACUCUUGGUUCGAAAUUUUAAAUGUUUGUUAUCUAUUAAAUUUUUUUUUUUUGAAUGAGUGUCUUGGUGUAGAUGUGGUUGGGGUGAAUUUGGUUAUUGCUGCAUUUGAUGCAACUCUUGUAUGUACACUCUGGAUUUGCUAAUGACUCACACGCAAACUCCCGUUUAUAAAGGGAGUUUAUAGUAAAUUUAAUCAUUUAAUCAUAUACUUCUAGUACUGUUACAUGUGGGCUCAAUCUCCCAUUUAUAAGGGGAGGCCCAACACAUGAGAUUUUAAUUAGGAGGUUGAGUGGAGGAGUACGGAUCGAACUCAAAACCUCCCCACUUAGAUAUUAUGUUAAAUUACUGAUUAUCCUAAAAGUUCAAGCGAUUGGGAUAUAGUAAAUUUAAUCAUUUAACCACGUGCUUCCAACAAAGCUAACAACUAUAAUAUGCAAUUCUUUCCUAAGAAUGAUGGUGUUCUUGUAACCAUAUAAAUUGAUGAUAUGUUAAUCACUGAAAUCAGUUCCAUUAUGAAAGUUACCAUAAAUUGUGGCAUUGUUGAUUUUAUAACGCUUUUGAAAAUUAUUAGGGUAUUUAUUUUCUUUGACCUAAAUUGUCCACAGAGCUUUUACCCUCAAUUGUAGAGUACUAACAUAGUGGCAAUAGCGUGUCACAAGCAAAAUUUAUUUCCUUUCUUCUAAGUUUCAAAAUUUGAUUUUAAAACAAGCAUAACUGAUGUAUAAGAUCAAGUUAAGACAUGAGCAAGCCUAUGCUUGCGAGACAAUUCUUUAUUUUCUUUGGUACAAGUCAACACUUCUUGAUUUCUAAUUUCUCAGGUCAGCUACAUGGAUUAUUACUACCAUCAUUAUCAUUUGACCUUGAUCUCUAUUUCAGGCUAUACACUCUGUUAGAAAAUUGUUUAUUUUAUCUUUUUUGACUGCCUCUGCCUUAGAGCUCAUAUAUUUCUAGCUCCCUCUUGUUCUCGAAUGCUUUGAAAUAUAAAUAAAGAACUCUUUACUAGUUAGCUCAGUGGUUUUUGUCUACAUAAUUAAAAAUUGUCUUAAUCAAAUUUUCUAUAUCUUCUCCUCAAAGCUACGUCUAGAUUUUAGUGAAUACAUUCAUUCUGUAUUCUAUUUGUUAUUGCCAUUAUCAAUGAUUUAACUAAAUUAUUUAGGAUAAUAGCUUUGUUUAGUUCAAUUGUAUUUUUUAAUUGCCAUUAACAUAUUUUAGCAUCUUUUUUCUCAAAAAAUUUAUUUGACAUUGUCUGCUGUUUGGUAUAUUGCAGUAGGAGCCUUUGGUACUUUUAAUUUUGGUACACUCUGUAAGAACAUUUUUCUCAAAAAAUGUUCCUACCAGAGUGAAUUCUGCAUUGCAUUAUUUUGAAUGAUUUAUUCUCCAGAGACCCAGGCCUGUCUACAGGGUUAAAUAUGGCUCAAGGCUAACCAAACCUAAGGAUUCCAAUAUUCUAAGUUAUUUCAGUAUUAAAUUACUCUAGUAUAACUUGGUCCAUAUGGCUGAUUUGAUUUUUGUAGGUGUGGCAAGAGUUUUGGAGUACUGAAGACGUUGAAUUGGUGACCCGGUAUCAAAUCCAAAUGGUCCCCUGGAUCAUGAUCUUCUCUUGCUAUGUGCAAGAGACACUGUCAAGCUUCUAAGGAACCAUCCAAGUCUUGCUCUUUGGGUAGGUGAAAACGAGCAAGUUCCACCAGAUGACAUCAACAAAGAUUUGGAAAAUGUCCUGAGACUAAAUCUUAUUUCGAAAACUUCAAUGAAAUCAGCAAAUCUUCUGAAGAUUUAUCUGCAGUGCCAAAAGAUCCUAGCCAAUAUCUUGAUGGUACAUUUGUUUACAUCCAAGGACCUUUGUGGGAUGGAUUUGCAAAUGUAAGGGGGGCUUCACUGAUGGCCCUUAUGAAAUCCGAAAUCCUAAAGCAUUUUUUAAUAAUGAUUUUUAUGGCCAUGGAUUCAAUCCUAAGGUUGAUUCUGUCAGGGCUGUUGCGUAUACUAUCAGAGCAAGAAUGUCUCAAGAAGGCUGGCAGAUUCCGUUGUUUAAGCAACUUCCUAGUGGGUACACAGAAGAAGUUCCAACCCCAUAUGGGAAUAACAUAAAUACAUUCCCUAUUCAAAGCCAAAAAAAAGUGUUGAUCAGAUUGAACUUUGCGGAACCCCAAAGGAUCUUGAUGAUUUUUGUUUGGAGAGCUCUGCUGGAGGGCUAGACUUCCCGUAAAUACACUUGUCCUGAUUUGGAAGGCACAGAACCCUUGGAUUGGUCUUAGUGAUUGGUUAAAUGAUCAUCUUUUACACCAAAGGGCAGGUUUCUAUGGCUGUCACUGUGCUGCAGAACCAAUCCAUGUCCUGCUGAAUCUGGCUACAUAUUUUAUAGAGAAGAUAGAUGGAGCAGCAACAACUUCUACAUUUUAUCCAUCCUAAGCAUCCCUUGGUCUUCAAUCCAGACGACAAAAGAGGAUAUCAUUGUUGGGGGUGCUGGGAACCGGUUUAUGGUCCUAGCUACAGUUGUAGAGAGUCAGUAUGCUAUCACUACGGUCAUCAUAAAUCCUGUGCGGAACUACCCCUUGGGUUGCACCAUCCCUUGCAUCCAAUCCAUCCUCUUAUUCUCUUUCCUCCAUGGACAUAUUCACGAGAUAAAAGACAAUUUUACAAAUGCCAACUCUGUAAAGAAUAUAAAGAUGUAUACACUUAUUGGUGUUCCCGUUGCAACUUCAACCUUCACAUCACAUUCGCUUCUUUAGCGCCCACCACCAUGAAACCUGAAUUCCACCACCACCCGUUGACCCCCAUUUGGAAGCGGAUCACCUUCACUUGCGAUCUUUGCGGCAAAAAAGAUGAAGGUAUGCCCUAUUUGUGUAAUCCAUGCGGUUUCUGGAUUCAUGGAAGAUGUUCUCUUUUCCCAUGCAAAGUCAAAGUUGUGCAUCACAAGCACCUUCUCCACCUCACCCAUUCUUCUCUUGAAUUCCAUCAAUCUGACUCCCGAUUUUGUCAAAUCUAUGCUCAAGAGGUGGACACAUGCUAUGGGCUUUACUAUUGCUCCAGAUGUGAUUUCAUUGCCCACCUCAAUUGUGCUAUGGGAAACAAGGAGAACAUAAAUUUGCAAGAAUUUAAAGAUGAGGAUGAAGUUUUAGAGCUCAAUGAAUCGGUUGACUCAACUUACAAAGUUAAAAAAUGCAAUAUGAGGGAGGGUGGAAUUCAAAUAGCUGUAGAAAUCAAAUGCUUCAGUCAUAAGCAUGACUUAAUGCUUACCGAGCAGCUUCUAAAGAACCAAAAAUGUGAUGGCUGUGUAAGACCCAUUCUCCCCCCGUUUUAUAGUUGCGUAAAGUGUAGCUUCUUUCUUCAUGAAUCUUGUGCUAAUUUACCAAAAACAAAGCGACACCCACUUCAUCAACACCCACUAUCCCUGCUCCCAAUGAAACCAAGUAAGGAUUUUAGGUGUUAUGCCUGUCAUCGUAAAUGCAAUGGCUUCACCUAUUCGUGUGAGACAUGCCGUUUUAGACUUGAUGUUCAAUGUAGUAUGAUCUCAGAAAUCCUUACCCACCCUGGUCAUGAUCACACACUUAUUCUCUCUAGUGUUGAAUCUUCUCAGAAUUGCAGUUGUUGUGAUUUUAGAACUUACCCAAUAUUCCGUUGUACCACUUGUGCAUUUGCUUUGGACUUCAGAUGUACUAUACUACCACAUUCUAUAAGAUACAAGCAACAUGAGCAUCCCUUCGCUCUCAGUUAUAAAGCUGAAGAUAACUCUGGUGAAAAUUAUUGUGAUAUAUGUGAAGAAAAACGAGACUUAAAGUAUUGGUUUUACUACUGUGAGGAUUGCAGUUAUCUUGCUCAUCCAAAAUGUAUAAUUGGGAAAUAUCCAAAUUACAAGUUUGGAGGUACUUACACAUUUGACUGUCACUCCUACCCUCUUACUUUCAUUGAGGAAACUAAGGACUGCCCUCGAUGUAACAAAUGUAAUGAUUCUUGUGAAAAGUUGAUCUAUCAAUGUGCUCAGUGUAAUUUCUACAUCCAUAAGAGUUGUUUAUAAAAAAGGACAAAUGUGUUUUUAUUUUAUACUAGAUGUAGUCCACGUAAGUUUUGGUGCAUGGAAUUCAUCAAAUGACAAUGCAGUAAUUCUUUUCAAUGCUCUUUCUGGGCAUCAUGGUUCAAAUACAACGUAAAUACAUUGUACCAACUCAUGCUUGUUUGUGUGUGGUUGUACCCUGCCUUGUUCACUUCUGUUAGAAACAAUAAG